AUGGUAUAUAGUAAACUAUAUAUCAAGCAAAAAAGGGGAGCGAUAGUAUUACCGAAAAAAAGUAUUACCGAAAAAAGGAAGAAGUGCUUUUUUCGAUAUUUAGAGCGUUAUAUACCAAUUACAAACAAAAUUAAUGAGAUUAGCAAUUACUUUACAUGUUGUGGAGAUAAAUGUAUUAAUUCAAAUUUUUCUAACGGAACUUGCAAUAAGGGGCAAAGUUUUAUUCGUGUUAAAGAUAAUGGAAUAGUUAACUAUCAUUCGGUGCACGAUAAAGACGUAGUAAUUGGUUUUCAUGGACAAUAUUCAUUUACAAAAGCGGCAGGGUUUUGUUGUCAUUAUUCUCUAUUUUAUUUUGAAAUUACAAUGUUGGAAGACGUGAAGGACAAAUUUUGUUAUGCAGCAAUUGGUUUUAGUAGAGGUGGUACUCCAUUAAUGUUUAUGUCGAACUAUCCAAUAACUUAUACUGGAUUAUAUCAAAAAUCUUCUUGGAAAGACGGGGAUGUUUUUGGUUGUGGAGUUGUUUUCCCACCAAAGAAAGAAUCGAAAAUAUUACCUUAUAUAUUUAUUACAAAAAAUGGUAGAAGGACUGGUGAGAAUUUUUAUUUUUUAGUGGAUUUUUGGAUAGGAAGGGCAAAAAACUGUAAAAAUUAA